CCCUGUGACACCAACACCGACAAACAGCAACACAACAAUCCACCCAUCAACCCUACAUCUACCACCGCCACCUUUUGGAUCAGUGGUUUUUUGGAGUCUAUGAUACAUUGGUGAAGCUUCGAGAGGCCGAAUCGGUCUACCUUGUUCGUUAUGAACGCUGUCAUUGAACGCCUUCGGGCGACUCUGCGGAGUCAGAAGGUGCGGGGGGAUGAGUAUGAACAGCUUGUUGGGAGGGAGGAUGAGGAGGGUGGCGCCGAUGAUAUUACACUACAAGAGGCACUGGCACUUGAAGAGAAGCCGUUCUCGUGGGUGGAAUACACUGUAUUCCUGAUUCUCGGAGUCGCGAUGCUGUGGGCAUGGAACAUGUUCCUAGCUGCCGCAACCUACUUCGCAACCCGCUUUCAAGGCAGUCCCUGGAUCCUCGUCAACUACCAAUCCUCCAUCCUAACCGUCGCCACCACCGCCAACUUGGCAUCCAUGUUCCUCCUCACGAACCUGCAAGCCGGAGCUUCCUACCCGCGCCGCAUCAUUUUGGCUCUCAUAAUCGACAUAGUCGUCUUCACAAUCCUCGCUCUAUCAACUAUCUUCUUCGUCACCGUGUCUCCAGGGGUGUACUUCGCUUUCGUCCUCGCCACCGUGUUAGCGACUAGUACAGCAACAGGGCUGCUCCAAAACGGGGCGUUGGCGUUCGUAGCCACCUUCGCGCAUCCGAGUUACAUGCAAGCCAUCAUGACGGGCCAAGCAGUCGCCGGCGUACUCCCCAGCAUCGCACAAAUCGUCUCCGUCCUCGCCGUCCCCGAAGAACCCUCAUCCACCGACAACACACCUCCCGCGGUCCCACCACCGCAAACAAGCUCAACAUCAGCAUUCCUCUACUUCCUCACCGCCACCUUUGUCGCCGUCAUCACCCUCCUCGCCUUCACCCCCCUCGCGCGCCGACACACCCCAACACCUACCUCGCCCACCCCCGCGGCACCGGCGAGGAAAGUAAUGUCCAUGCCAGCCCUCUACCGGCAACUGCCCUUCUACUCCGCUUCCAUCUUCCUCUGCUUCACACUCACGAUGUUCUUCCCCGUCUACACAGCGCAGAUCAUUAGCGUGCAUCCCGCUCCUACGCCAAGGUACUUGCAUGCACCGAUUUUCAUCCCUCUCGCUUUCUUGAUCUGGAAUACGGGGGAUUUGCUGGGUCGGUUGUCUACGCUGUUCACUUCCUCCCUCCCCCACCGACCACGCUCUCUCUUCGCAGUCUCCCUCGCUCGCGCAGCCUUCCUCCCGCUCUACGCACUAAGCAACGUCUCCGGCCGCGGCGCGUGGGUGCAGAGCGAUUUAUUCUAUCUCCUAAUCGUGCAGCUCGGUUUCGGGCUCACGAAUGGGUGGUUGGCGAGUAGUGCUAUGAUGGGGGCUACCGGGGCGGUGGAAGAGGAGGAGAGGGAGGCGGCGGGGGCGUUUAUGGGGUUUAAUCUUGUGGCGGGGUUGACGGCGGGGAGUUUGUUGAGUUUUGCUGCUGUGUGAGCGGGUGGGGAUGGAGUUAUUUUGGGUAUGGACUUGAUAUGAAUGGAACGGAUUUGAUAUGGAGGGAGUGCUUGGUUCUUGGUUUUGGGAGGGGAGGGGGAUAGGGUGUUUUGGGAUGAUGAGGCGUUACUUUCUUGCAUAGCAGUUGCAUUUACAUUGGCUAUUGGCUGAACUGAUGGAUAGUUUUGGUCUUGGAAAUAGAGGUUUAUACCAUACGGUGCACACUCCACUCAUCUGUAAAAACCCACAUGUUUGCCAUUUGAUAUAUCUGCAAUCAUCUUCACGAUGGGCAAUUCCAUGCAUUGCUAUCAAAUCAAAAC